AUGGUGUGCAAAGAGCAACCUUCCCCAGAACUGAAUGAAUUCCCUUUAGUGGUGACAAAGUUCUACCAGCAUAUCCUAGCCUUGGUGUUCGCUGUUGAAGAGAUCAAUAAGAAUCCCAAUAUCUUGUCCAAUGUCACUCUGGGGUUCCACAUCUAUGACAGCUACGAUGACCCAAAGAUGACCUACCACAACACUCAGGAUCUGCUGUUUAACUCACAUAAUUUUGUGCCCAACUACAAAUGUGGCAUCCAGGAAAAUGUAAUAGGAGUCAUCGGGGGACUGACCGCUGAGACCUCCUCAACAAUGGCAGAUAUCUUAGGUCUUUACAAGAUUCCACAGAUUUCAUAUGGCUCAUUUCAACCAGAAUUGAAUGAUCAGUUGGAGUUCCCUUCAUUUUAUCGCAUGGCCCCCAAUGAAGCCCUUCAGUAUCAAGGAAUUCUUGAGUUACUUGUGUAUUUCAGGUGGAAGUGGGUAGGUCUGAUGGCUAUAGAUGAUGAAGGUGGAGAUCAUUUUUUGCAGACCAUAGAGCCAAUGCUUCUGCGGAAUAAAAUCUGUUCGGCAUUCAUACGUCAAAUUCGUAAAGAUUUGCAUAAAGUCCUUGAUCUACAAAAGGUCGCAGAAACACAGAAAUAUUUGCCAGCUUUUGCGGUAAGCAAAGCUGAUGUGAUUAUUAUAUAUGGAGAAACCUCUUCUAUUUCAUGGUUGCCAUAUGCUAUAGCAGGAACUAGAUUUUUUCAAGAACUGCAUCCUGAAUAUCCGGAGAUGGUAUCUGCAGCAAAAGUGUGGAUUACAACAGCCCAAAUUGAAUUCACAUCAUGUACCCUUCUAAAGAUAUUGGAUAUGGAUAUGGAAGGGCUUCAUGGUGCUUUAUCCUUUGCAAUUCAUUCAAGUCAACCGGGCGGCUUUAAAGAGUUUCUUCAGAAUGUACACCCCUCUUGGAAAAAGAAAGAUGGUUUUAUCAAGGAAUUUUGGAAACAAGCAUUCAGCUGUAAAUUUCCAAACGAUAUGGAGCCAAUAGACACCAUAUGUACAGGAGAGGAGAUGCUGGAGAGCCUUCCUGCCCCUUAUUUUGCCAUGAGUAUGACUGGCCAAAGCUAUGCUAUCUAUAAUGCUGUCCGUUCUCUGGCACAUGCCUUACAUAUCACAUACUCAUCCAGAGCCAGCUACAGAAUAAUUGAGACCGGGGGCCGACCAUAUCCUUGGAAUGUGGAAACAUGGAAGCUCCACUCAUCCCUUCAGAUGAUGUCUUUCAACAACAGUGCCGGAGAUGAAAUUUCAUUUAACAAACAUGGGGAAUUAGUAGGUGGAUUUGAUAUUAGAAACUUGGUGACCUUCCCAAAUGGAUCCUACAUCAGGGUCAAAGUGGGGAAGCUGGAUCCUCAGGCUCCUCCGGGCAAAGAGUUUUCCAUUAAUGAGGACAGAAUCAAAUGGCACUGGAACUUGACUCAGGUGCCACCCCUUUCAGUAUGUAAUGACAACUGCCAUCCUGGUUACCGGAAGUUAAAAAAGGAGGGGGAGAAAUUUUGCUGUUAUGAUUGUGCUCCAUGUCAAGAUGGGAUGUUUUCAAAUGAGAUUGGUAGGAUUUACUACAUGGAAACUUGUGUCACUUGUCCAAAUGAUCAAUAUCCAAACAAAGAUCAGGAUCGAUGCAUUCCUAAGAUUCCAAACGUCCUGGCUUUUGAUGACACUUUGGGCAUUGUUCUAAUUUCCUUUGCUGUUUUGUUGUCUCUGACCACAGUUCUAGUGCUUGUCAUCUUCAUUAAAUGCCGGAACACUGCCAUAGUCAAGGCCAACAAUAGAAGCCUCACCUACAUUCUUCUCAUCUCCCUCCUCUUGUGUUUCCUCUGUUCUUUGUUGUUUCUUGGAAGGCCUAAUGAGGUGACCUGUCUUCUGCGACAAACUGCUUUUGGUAUUGUCUUCUCUGUAGCCCUUUCUAGCAUCUUGGCCAAAACCAUCUCUGUGGUUUUGGCAUUCAUGGCUACUAAACCAGGAUCCAGGAUGAGGAAAUGGAUUGGUAAACGCUUGGCUUAUUCCAUAGUCAUCUCCUCCUCCAGUACUCAAGUAGGGAUUUGUAUUCUGUGGUUGGGAACCUUUCCACCAUUCCCAGAUGUGGACACAGACUCAAUGACUGAAGAAAUUGUUUUGCUAUGUAAUGAAGGCUCAAGCAUCAUGUUUUAUUGUGUCUUGGGCUACAUGGGCUUCCUAGCCAUUCUCAGCUUCACUGUAGCUUUCCUAGCCAGGAAGUUACCUGACAGUUUUAAUGAAGCCAAGUUCAUCACUUUCAGUUUGUUGGUCUUUUGCAGUGUUUGGCUCUCUUUUGUUCCAACUUACCUGAGCACAAGAGGAAAAUACAUGGUGGCUGUGGAGAUUUUCUCCAUCUUGGCUUCCAGUGCAGGGUUACUGGGAUGUAUAUUUUCUCCUAAAUGCUACAUUAUUGUCAUGAGGCCUGAGCUUAACAACAAAGAACAGCUAAUGCAGAGAAAUAAAUGA